AUGGCAGGAGGAAUCUUCACCAAUUUGGACAGUCAGUGUAAUGUGGAUUGUACCAAUGUCCACCCACUGAUGUGUCACAUGUGUCAUGAGCAGUACCAGUCCCCAUGUCUGUUGGACUGCUACCACAUCUUCUGUGCCCGCUGCCUACGAGGCCGGACCAAUGACAGCCGUCUCACCUGCCCCCUCUGUGGAUAUCCAUCCAUAGUAAAAGGGAAUAACACCCUUCCACCAGAAGACCGUCUGCUGAAGUUCCUUGUUGACAACAAUGCAGACACUGAGGAGACAGUCCAGUGUGCCAACUGUGACCAGGAAAGUAACAAAAAGGACACAGGGAUGAUGUACUUCUGUAACACUUGUAGCCAGCCACUAUGCGGCGCCUGCAGGGAGCUGACUCAUAAGGCCAGAAUGUUUUCCCACCAUGAGAUUGUGUCCUUGGCCAAACGCACUAAGGCCAAACACAGGAAGUGCUCUCUCCACGAGGAGCCCUACAUCCUAUUCUCAACAGAAAAUAAGUCUAUGCUUUGUAUCAAGUGCUUCAGAGACAUGCAAGUGGAGAGUCGGACUCACUGCAUUGAUAUUGAGACGGCUUACAUGCAGGGGUGUGAGAUGUUGGACCAGGCUGUGCUGGUGGUGAAGGAUCUGCAGACUUCGACUCGAGAGGCAAUCGUUCUGCUGAGAGCGAUGAUAGGAGAAGUGUGUCUAAAUGUGGAGGAAGAAGAGAGUGCAAUCUGCAGUCUGUUCAACAGCUUGCAGGAGAAACUAGCAGAGAGGAAGAAAAUUCUUCUGAGAGCAGCUCAGAGUCAACACGAAGAGAAGGAGAAAGCACUAAAGGAACAACUCUCACACCUUACCGCCCUAUUACCAACCCUCCAGGUUCACCUCGUCACCUGUUCGGCCUUCCUCAGUUCAGCCAACAAGUUUGAGUUUUUGGACAUGGGCUACCAACUAAUGGAGCGACUGAAGAGGAUUGUCAAGCUCCCUCAUCGACUGAGACCAGUGCAGAGCAGCAAAAUCAACACAGACUACAGAAGUGAGUUUGCCCGCUGUCUAGAGCCCUUACUGCUGCUGGGACAGCGCUGCCCUCCCUCUGUCGCCGGGUCUACAAGUGUGGCAACAAGCGUCCUGCCAGUGCAAGAUGCAAAGUGGGCAGGGAUUGGUGGCCUGGCCGGCUGGCACUAUUUUUAUCGUAAUUUCACAGAACUCUCCAGGAUUCAUCUGGAGGUUGGCACACAGGAGCGGUCGGGCCACUUUGUUCCAGGGCGAGAGAGGGGAGAUACAUGUUUUAGACAGGUCUUCCGUUGCAUCAACACUAGGCAAGAAGACAGGAGUAAGGGCCUACCAGACCCCAGGCUCCAGUCCCCUCUCUCCAUGUCCUGCCGCUCCCCAUCUCUCAGUGAGAUGCCCCUAGGCUCUGUGUUGGGGCGAAGGCCCACUUCUCACCGCAACAUCUGCACCAAGGUUCUCCUGGCUGAGGGGAGGGAGACACCCUUCACUGAGCACUGUCGCAAUUAUGAGAACACCUACAGGACGCUCCAGACCGACAUUCAGAAUCUGAAGGAUCAGGUCCAGGAGCUGCACCGAGAUCUGACCAAGCAUCACUCCAUCAUCAACACUGAUAAAAUGGGCGAGAUCCUGGACAGAUCGCUGCACAUUGACAGCCAGAUAGCUGCCCAGUACUCCACUGUGGAAACUGUGAGAGUCAUGUUCGAAGAGAUCUGGGAUGAGACGUUUCAGAGGGUUACUAAUGAGCAGGAGAUCUAUGAAGCCCAGCUUCAUGACCUGAUGCAGCUGAAGCAGGAGAACUUCUACCUGACCACCAUCACCAGACAGAUCAGCCCCUACAUCUUGUCCAUUGCGAAGGUCAAGGAGAGACUGGAGCCCAGUGACAACCAGACCUGUGUCACAGACCAAGACAGAGACAAGAACAACCGCCCGCUGAUCCUCGAAUCGGGGGAGAGCUCUGUCAAGACCAGCCGUCCGGGCAGGCAGAGGGGCCCCAGCACGGAGACGUCCAGCCACAGCGAGAUGCCUUUAUAAACACCCUGUCAUUUGAUUUCCGUCCCCCCUCUUCCUUCCCUGCCCCUGUGGAGCAAUGGGCCUUAAUUCAACUAUAACAAGCCCAGGAUGGUAUGUGACUUCUUCUGCUGUCCAGAUCCUGCACAUAACAUUUUCUCAGCAGCGGGGAGCUGUCAACAGCUCCAAGGUGAGCCCUUGGAUAGACACUAAGUGAACGUACAUACAUAAGAGGUCAAAGACUCACAGCUGU